UGGCUGGUUGCUUGGGUAACAGCAGCGAUGGAUAACAUUAAGCUAGUAGCGUAUAUUUAGUGCUUUUUAUAUACCAUCAUCACAGCUUAAAGGAACGUAAGGAUGUGGGAGAAGUUUGAAAAGAACCGAUAAACACUUUGAAGGAUUGUUCGAUUCCAUUCUAUCAGUCUCGUCAAAUGACGGAUCUAUUUUAUGAGGCAGGCAGGUGUGUCAGACCUCAUUUCAAUUGGCUUGUUGCAAGAUUAAACCACAUCUACUCCGGAUUUGGAAGUAGCAGUCGCAGCAGGAGCGAGGACAGCGUGCAGGAAGCCGGGGAACGGAGCCGGCAUUUGGGCCAUGGCCACCGCUCGUUUCCCCGGGAAGAGUGCGGACGUGGCUGCAGGAAACUGGAGCUCUCCUCCUGGCCGGCUGGUGUGUGUGAACGGGACCCCGUGGAUCCUCUACCUGCUGGAGGAGUGUGUGGACAAUGUGUGGGAGUACUGCAGCGUGGUGAUAGGACUCAUAUCCAUGUUCUGCUUUCUGCUGUCCACUCUGCCGCAGGUGUACGAGGCCUAUAGGAACGGUAAAGGGGAGGAGGCCAUGUCGUUUGGCUUUCUCUUCUUCCUCUUCAGUGGAGACUUGACCAGCUUCGCAGGCUGCUACCUCACCAGCCAGCUGCCUAUUCAGGUAAUCACAGUGGUGUUCUACAUCUUCACAGACCUGAUCCUCAUCUCCCAGUUUCUUUACUAUAAGAUCAAGAACAGCUCGAGCAGAAAAAGCCCCGUGCUGAAGUGGCUUUGCUUCAUGUGGUGCGGCUCUGCAUCAUUAGUCCUGCUGACUUUACCCAAACUCAUCGUAGACAACAGUGCUUCUUUAGACACCAAGAGUACCUCUAAAUCAGUGGAAAUCACUGGCUAUGUGUGUGGAUACCUGGCAUCUGUGUUCUACCUCAGCUCCCGGUUACCCCAGCUCUAUAAAAACUUUCAGCGACAGUCCACGGAGGGCACCUCUUACAUGUUGUUCGCUCUUGCCAUGAUGGGCAACGGGACGUACGGGCUGAGCGUCAUCGUGGUGCUUCCCGCGCUGAAGGGCUCCAAGCAGACCUUCAUCAUCAAACACCUGGCCUGGCUCAUCGGCAGCCUGGGGGUUAUCGUACUGGACUUCUUUGUGACUGCCCAGUUCGUGAUGUACAGGAAGAACAGCUCAGCAAAGGGCAGCAAGCUGCUCAGCGUGCCGGAGGUGGAGCCUCUGCUGUGUGAAGAGGUGGAGCUGUCGCUGUUAUCAGACCCAUAAUCAAACAUGGACUGCCCAAUGUACAGUUUCUGAUUCAUCCGUGAUUCUCUGGGGCUAUUGACAACUUCAGAGACAUUGUAGAAGCUACAUGCAGCCAUGUUGAAGUACCAGCAGGAACAAACUUGAUAAACCCCAUAUAUGGAAAUAUCAGGUGGAAACAUUUUUUUCAAGUUAAAUUAAUAAAGCACAUUUCUGUUUGGUUUUCUCUAGGCAGGCCAGUAAGCAUCAAUGAAAUACCUUUUGUUACAGUUAUCCACUGGGAUUACUUGAUUUUUUUUGGGUGGGGGACAAUAUUUGUAUUGGCCACUGGGGACACCUAGAGAAGGGGGGCUUAAUGCCAGACCUCUCCUCACAAAUGCAAGCUUUAUGGAAGAACUGCCUGUUAUUUAUUACACGUGUUUGACAGGGUGCUUAAAUACUGCUGUGUCAUAUUGCAAUAUCAUAUGAGAAGACGUAGUAAUGCGAUUUUCCAUUUGGUAUUUGAGUGCCAUAAAGUUCAUAUUGUGUGACCACAGAAGAAGAAAUCUUUCAAUCUUUGUUGUUCAUUUCAGAAUGUGGUCCAAGCUCCCUUACUUUUAUGGAUAAUCGUGUGCCUCUUUAAGUUAACACAAUCUUAUUUAUAGAGACUGUCAAAAAGUAUUUAUUUUUAAAUUAAGUUGCAUGUCUUGACAGUAUUUUUGUUAAAAGAGGCCCUAUUGUGCUUAUAUGUAGGUUUCUGUGCAUAAUGGUCGGCUAAGGCUAAAAUCCCAAAGUUCCGGAAGUUAGUGACAUCACUAUGGAACACUUGCGCUUCUAUUGGCUAGCGCUCCAACACAUUGUAAGGGGCGGGACAUCUCUAAGUGGUUGACCAAUCACAACAGAGACGGCCAGCUAACCAAUCGCGCACAAAAUAUAAAUAUAUAUACCUGGAAAUGAGCAUAAUAGGGCCCCUUUAAUCCUCUCUGUUUUACUUAUAAAAGCAGUUUCUCUUUUUACCUUCUUCUCUCUCAUUCCUAAAAUGUUAUGAGCUGCAUUAUCUGGUGUCCUCUUAUGCAACAUUUACAAUUAUGACAUGCAUAAAUAGUCAUUAAAGAAGUCAUUACUUUUUGAUGAUUCCAAAUGUAUCUGAGAAUAGGGACAUUAAUGGGAUGUCUUAAAGACGCAGUCAAAGUAAUGAGGCUUAUAAUUAGUUUGCUCAUGAUUUUUCUGGUGUGUUUGCAGAUGCUCUUGUCAAGUCACUUUGAUUGUUAACACACUUUUUACUUGUUGUUGCGGUUGAACAAACAAAUACAUGAAAACCAAGCAGAACAAAAAUGGAACAGAACAAAUAUCAAAGGAUAUUUUGUCGAUCAGUGCUGUUUUCUCCAAAAUGAAAGUAAUAUAUCUUUCUACCUCAUUUAAUGUGAACAUAAUGUAUUCCUCUUGAAGAGCUUGCUCAAACAUAUUGUAUAAUCACAUUUGAAAUAUGCAAUUACUUUAAAAGCGACUAUUUCUGUAGAAAAUCCUAGUUAUUAAUUGGUUAUUACUUCUGGCUGUUAUUUUUAUUCUAAGUUUGUCAGUAGAUGCCAUAAGUGUAAUUAAGUUGGGGGAUUUUUUACUGUAAAUUCAUAUUUUUUUGGUAAAUGUAUGCAAUUAGAGUAUAUGUUUUUUCCAAUAGAUUGAAUUUUUGCUAAAUAUUUUUGUAUUGCACUAUUUAAACCUUGAUUAUUCCUUAAAAUUGAUAGGAAACACUUUUCAAAGUAGCACAAACUAAAAUGUUAUGACUGUAGAAACUGCAGUAUUUAUAAGACUGGGUUUUGUCACACUGUACUGCUAAGAUGUAUUUAUUUUCUUUAAAGUAUAAUGUUAUUUUCUUUUGAUUGUGUACAUGGCCAAAUACUGCAUAUUGUAACUGGCAAUGUCUUCUCAAUGUAUGUAUGAUAAUAACUAUGUACAUAACUGCAAUAUAUACUCGGUAAAAAGGUCAAAAUACA